GAGGCUCCCGAGAGCAGGAAGCCAGGCUGCGGGCAGAGGAGGCUGCGGGGACCCCUCGCAGGAAAGGCAAGCAGGAAGGACUGCCCCACCCCCCCACACCCCGAGCUCUGGUCUCAGGCCUGGGGAUCUCGGCCGCAAGGCCGCAGCUCGGGGCCUAGGGUAAGGAAGCCAGCCGAGAGCGGGCGGCCAGGGCAGAUCCCCGCGCUGGGCCCCCCUUCCCGGGCUCCCGCCGCCGCUCCCGGGGCCCGGCGUGUCCGCAGACCGUGCUCGCCGCGCGCCCGUAUCCCCGCGCCGCCGCCAUGAAAGUGGGCUCGGGAGAUCAGGGGAGCCCCCCUUGCUUCCUGCGCUUCCCGCGGCCCGUGCGGGUGGUAAGUGGCGCCGAGGCCGAACUCAAAUGCGUGGUCCUUGGGGAGCCGCCGCCCAUUGUCGUGUGGGAGAAGGGCGGGCAGCAGCUGGCGGCCUCGGAGCGCCUGAGCUUCCCGGCUGACGGCGCCGAGCACGGGCUGCUGCUGAGCGCCGCGCUGCCCACCGACGCGGGGGUCUACGUGUGUCGCGCCCGCAACGCGGCGGGGGAGGCCUACGCGGCGGCCGCGAUCACCGUGCUCGAGCCGCCGGUCCCCGAGCCCGAGCCCGAGCCCCAGCCCGCCGAGCGCCCGCUGCCGCCGCCUGGGGCCGGCGAGGGCGCCCCGGUGUUCCUGACGGGGCCCGGGUCCCAGUGGGUGCUGCGGGGGGCGGAGGUGGUGCUGACGUGCCUGGUAGGGGGCCUCCCCGAGCCCACGCUGUACUGGGAGAAGGACGGGAUGCCCCUGGACGAAGUGUGGGACAGCAGCCAGUUCGCGCUCGUGCUGGGCCGCGCCGAGGGGGGCCCGGGCCUGAGCCUGGCGCUGCGCAUCCUGGCGGCUCGGCUGCCCGACUCGGGCGUCUACGUGUGCCACGCCCGCAACCCGCACGGCCACGCGCAGGCCGGCGCGCUGCUGCAGGUGCAGCAGCCCCCCGAGAGCCCGCCCGAGGACCCCGACGAGGCCCCCGAGCCGGUGGUCGAGCCGCUCAAGUGCGCGCCCAAGACCUUCUGGGUGAACGAGGGAAAGCACGCCAAGUUCCGCUGCUACGUGAUGGGCAAGCCCGAGCCCGAGAUCGAGUGGCACUGGGAGGGCCGCCCGCUGCUCCCCGACCGCCGCCGUCUCAUGUACCGCGACCGCGAUGGCGGCUUCGUGCUCAAGGUGCUCUACUGCCAGGCCAAGGACCGCGGACUCUACGUCUGCGCCGCCCGCAACUCGGCGGGCCAGACGCUCAGCGCCGUGCAGCUGCACGUCAAAGAGCCCCGCCUCCGCUUCACGAGGCCCCUGCAGGACGUGGAGGGCCGCGAGCGUGGGAUUGCUGUGCUGGAGUGUAAAGUCCCCAACUCCCGCAUCCCCACGGCCUGGUUCCGCGAGGACCAGCGGCUGCUGCCCUGCCGCAAGUACGAGCAGAUCGAGGAGGGUGCCGUCCGCCGCCUCAUCAUCCACCGGCUCAAGGCGGACGAUGACGGCGUCUACCUGUGCGAGAUGCGAGGCCGGGUGCGCACCGUGGCCAACGUGACGGUCAAAGGGCCCAUCCUGAAGCGGCUGCCCCGGAAGCUCGACGUCCUGGAGGGAGAGAACGCCGUGCUGCUGGUGGAGACGCGAGAGGCUGGGGUCGAGGGACGCUGGAGCCGCAAUGGGGAGGACCUGCCAGCCACCUGCCAGAGCAGCUCCGGCCACAUGCAUGCCCUGGUCCUUCCCGGGGUCACCCGAGAAGACGCUGGCGAGGUCACCUUUAGCCUGGGCAACUCCCGUACCACCACUCUGCUCCGAGUCAAAUGCAUCAAACACAAUCCCCCAGGACCCCCUGUGUUGGUGGAGAUGUUCAAGGGUCACAAGAACACAGUCCUGCUCACCUGGAAGCCUCCGGAGCCAGCUCCCGAGACCCCCUUCAUCUACCGGCUGGAGCGGCAGGAGGUGGGCUCGGAAGAUUGGAUCCAGUGCUUCAGCAUUGAGAAAGCGGGGGCCGUGGAGGUGCCAGGAGACUGUGUGCCCUGUGAGGGCGACUACCGCUUCCGCGUCUGCACAGUCAGCGAGCAUGGCCGGAGUCCCCAUGUGGUCUUCCACGGCUCUGCUCACCUCGUGCCCACAGCUCGCCUGGUGGCGGGUCUGGAGGACGUGCAGGUGUACGAUGGGGAAGAUGCCAUCUUCUCCCUGGACCUCUCCACCAUCAUCCAGGGCACCUGGUUCCUCAAUGGUGAAGAACUCAAGAGUGAUGAGCUGAAGAGCCAGAUGGAACCCGGGGCCCUAUGCUACCGGAUCGAGCAGAAGGGCCUGCAGCACAGACUCAUCCUCCAAGCCGUCAAGCACCGGGACAGUGGGGCCCUGGUCGGCUUCAGCUGCCCUGGCGUGCAGGACUCGGCCGCCCUCACCAUCCAAGAGAGCCCGGUGCACAUCCUAAGCCCCCAGGACAAGGUGUCGGCGAACUUCACGACCUCGGAGCGGGUGGUGCUGACCUGUGAGCUCUCGCGGGUGGACUUCCCGGCAAGCUGGUACAAGGAUGGGCAGAAGGUGGCGGAGAGCGAGUCGCUGCUGGUGAAGGCGGAUGGGCGCAAACACCGCCUAAUCCUGCCUGCGGCUGAAGCCCGGGACAGCGGCGAGUUCGAGUGCAGAACUGAAGGGGCCUCGGCCUUCUUCAGCAUCACCGUCCGAGAUCCCCCAGUGCACAUCCUGGACCCCCAGGAGCAUGUGUUUGUUCAUGCCAUAACCUCCGAGUGCGUCAUGCUGUCCUGUGAGCUGGACCAAGAGGACACCCUUGUGCACUGGUUCAAGGAUGGCCAGGAGGUGGAGGAGGGCGACUCCGUGCUGCUGGAGAGUGACGGGCCCCAUCGCCGCCUGGUGCUGCCCGCCACCCAGCCCUCAGAUGGGGGCGAGUUCCAGUGUGUCGCCGGGGAGGAGCGUGCCUGCUUCACCGUCACCAUCACAGACGUCUCUUCGUGGAUCGUGUACCCCAGCGGCAAGGUGUAUGUGGCGGCUGUGCGCCUGGAGCGCGUCGUGCUGACCUGUGAGCUCUGCCGGCCCUGGGCCGAGGUGCGCUGGACCAAGGAUGGCGAAGAGGUGGCGGAGAGCCCAACACUGUUCCUGCAGAAGGAGGAUACCAUCCGCCGCCUGGUGCUGCCCGCCGUCCAGCUAGAGGACUCCGGCGAGUACCUGUGUGAGAUCGAUGACGAGUCGGCCUCCUUCACCGUCACCGUCACAGAGCCCCCAGUGCGGAUCAUAUAUCCCCGGGAUGAGGUGACCUUGAUCGCAGUGAGCUUGGAGUGCGUGGUGCUGAUGUGUGAACUGUCGCGGGAGGACGCCCCUGUGUGCUGGUACAAGGACGGGCUGGAGGUGGAGGAGAGCGAGGCCCUGGUGCUGGAGAGUGAGGGGCCACGCCGCCGCCUGGUGCUGCCCGCUGCCCAGCCUGAAGACGGGGGCGAGUUCGUGUGUGAUGCCGGAGAUGACUCGGCCUUCUUCACAGUCAGCGUCACAGCUCCACCAGAGAGGAUCGUGCACCCCGCAGCCCGCUCCCUGGACUUGCACUUCCGGGCUCCAGAGCGUGUGGAGCUGCGCUGCGAGGUGGCCCCAGCCGGGGCUCGGGUGCGCUGGUUCAAGGAUGGGCUGGAGGUGGAGGCAUCAGACACCCUGCAGCUGGGCGCCGAAGGGCCUGCCCGCACCCUGACCCUGCCCCACACCCAGCCCGAGGACACCGGGGAGUACGUGUGCGAGACCCGAGAUGAGGCCAUUACCUUCAAUGUCAACGUGGCCGAGCCCCCAGUGCGGUUCCUUGCCCCAGAGGCAGCCCCCAGCCCGCUCUGUGUGAGCCCUGGGGAGCCAGUGGUGCUGUGCUGCGAGCUGUCCCGGGCGGGUGCCCCCGUGCUCUGGAGCCACAACGGGAGGCCCGUGCAGGAGGGCGGAGGUCUGGAGCUCCAGGCUGAAGGCCCCCGCCGUGCCCUCUGCAUCUGGGCAGCCCAGGCAGCCCACGCCGGCCUCUAUACCUGCCAGUCCGGGGCGGCCCCGGGAGCCCCCAGCCUCAGCUUCACCGUCCAGGUGGCCGAGCCCCCUGUGCGGGUGGUGGCCCCCGAGGCAGCCCAGACAAGGGUCCGCGGCACCCCAGGCGGGGACCUAGAGCUGGUGGUGCACCUCUCCGGGCCGGGGGACCCUGUGCGCUGGUACAAGGACGGGGAGCGACUGGCAAGCCAGGGGCGGGUGCAGCUGGAGCAGGCCGGGGCGAGGCAGGUACUGCGGGUACGGGGGGCUCGGAGCAGAGACGCUGGGGAGUACCUGUGCGACGCGCCCCAGGACAGCCGCAUCUUCCUCGUCAGCAUAGAAGAACCACCCCCGGCAAAGCUGGUCUCGGAGCUGACACCGCUAACUGUCCACGAGGGUGACGAUGCCACAUUCCGGUGUGAAGUCUCCCCAACAGACGCCGACGUCACCUGGCUGCGCAAUGGGGCCGUGGUCACUCCAGGGCCUCAGGUGGAGAUUGUCCAGAAUGGUUCAAGCCACUUGCUGACCGUGCGCAGCUGCCAGCUCCAGGAUGCAGGGACCGUGACUGCGCGGGCAGGAGGCACGGCCACAAGCGCCCGGCUCCAUGUUAGAGAGGCUGAGCUCUUGUUUCUGCGGCGGCUGCAAGAUGUGCGGGCAGAGGAAGGCCAGGAUGUGUGCCUGGAAGUGGAGACAGGCCGAGUGGGCACAGCCGGGGCUGUACGCUGGGUGCGAGGUGGGGAGCCCCUACCCCACGACUCUCGCCUGUCCAUGGCCCAGAAUGGCCACAUCUACAGCCUCUUCAUCCAUGGCGUUGUUCUGGCCGACCAGGGCACUUACGGCUGUGAGAGCCGCCAUGACCGCACUCUGGCCAGGCUCAGCGUGAGGCGUGAGUGCCCCAUCCCCUCCUAACACUGUGCCUGCCUAGGGCCCCUCAGACUCCCACCAAAGUGCCCCUCAACGCUGAGGAACUUCAGCCCUGGCCAUCUCAGUCCAGGGGUGUAGCCUAAAGCAGCCUGCCCAAAGCAAAACUUUUCUAAUGUUUUCUACUUUACCUUAGAAGUCCAUAUGGAUUGUUUCAUAAUUCUAGGUGGGCUUUGCUAGCAACAUAAAUAUUAUACA